CCGGAGUUCUUGUUAUCUUUCCUUUUUUCCAGAUGAAAAUGUCACCUCACCUUUUGUUUUUCAGGGAUGAGGGGGUCCAAGAGGAGGCACCUGACAGCUCCAGAGUGCCAAGCCCUGGCCCGGAGCACCGAGGGUUCUUCCCCCCUGAGGCAGCCCCUGAGCCUGGGCCGAGGAAGAGGAGGAGCACAGCGAAGCCUUCAUCCCAUCCACGGGACACGGAGACAUCCCAGAGCCCCAGGCCAGCAAAGGAACAUCCUGGAUUUCUUUGGGAUCCCAAAGCCAGCCCAAGUGGGACCUGCAGGGAUGCAGAGCUGUGGGAUCAAGGAAGAACCUCUGGAUCCCUUUUUCCCUGGAUCUCAGAAUUCCUUCAGGAACACCAGCAGCAAUUCCUCACUUCUGCAUUCCCAGGACUUUGUGCUACCUCCCAGUGGACAUUCUAGGAAAAGAACUGUUCCAGCUGCAACCUCAGGAAUUCCCAACCCAGAGCAGGAUUUGGGGAAGGACCCUGAGGAGAAAAUUCCAGAAGUGAGGAGGAUCAAGCAGGAAUGGGAAGAGCUGGAAGUGGAACCUCUUCCUGAUUCCCACUUUGGGCUCCUGGGCACUCGGAACUGGCAAGUUCCUCAGGGAUCCAUGGAUGAUCUUCCUGCUGAAAUCCUCAGGAAUAUUUUUGCCUUCCUGCCAGUGCUGGAUCUGUACCAGAACCUGAGCCUGGUGUGUCACUACUGGAGGGAAAUAAUUUGGGAUCCACAGUUUAUUCCUUGGAAAAAGCUCUACCACCGCUACCUGAAGAGGGAGGACUGGGCCCUGCAGAGAGUUGAGCAGAUCCUGCAGGAAUUUUCCAUAACCAAGGAACAGCAGGGAUGUGUGCUGGGGCUGGUCAGGUUGGUGUCAUCCACAGGACCCAGGGUGGAUCCCAGCGGGGUCCUCCAGAUUCUGGGAACUCAUCCCCUCUUCCCAAAGGCUCAACUCUGUGUCCUCAGGAAAUUCCCAGAUCUACAGAGCAAGCCUGGGCCUGAGAUGAUGUGGGCAGUGGUUGCAGUCAUGGUGCUGUUCUCUGACGGUGUCCGUGACAUCCAGAAACUCCUGGAAUGUUUUGGGAGCCCCCGCUCCAAGGUGUCCGUGCUGGAGGUGACAGAGGUGCUCCACUGCAUGGCCACGCUGCUCUUUGCCAUGAGGGACAGGAGCAUUCCCAUCUCCAACAGGAUUCACUACAAUAUUUUUUACUGUUUGUCUCUGAUGGAAAAUGCCUCUGGAAUUGUGCAACCACUGGAAGAGGGAAGAGUGGAUUUGUGUUCCAGUGGAAGGGCUGAUGUCAAACUGACCCACGAACAGCAGAGGAUUUUGAAUCACAAAAUUGAGUCUGGCCAAACAGUGAAAAUUAUGGCAUUUGCAGGCACAGGGAAAACCUCAACUUUGGUCAAGUAUGCAGAGAAAUUCCGGGAGCUGAAAUUCCUUUACCUGGCUUUUAAUAAAGCUGUGGCAGAGAAAGGGAAAAAGGUUUUUCCAAAGAAUGUCACGUGCAAGACCUUCCACUCUUUGGCUUUUGGAAGCAUUGGGAGACACUACAAAGACAAAGGCAAACUGAACUUCUCCAAGAUGUCAGUUUAUUCCAUCAGCUUCCUCCUCCAGAGCCGGAAGGGCCAAUCCCUGUUUAUAAGAGGGAAACUGGUGUCCAAGACCUUGGAAAAUUUCUUUUCCUCCUCAGAUGAGGAGAUCUGUGAGGAGCACACACCCCUGUGGUUCAAAAACACUCAUGGGCAGAUGGAGCUCAUGAGCAGAGAGGAAAAGAAAAUCAGUGUGGAAGAGGCCAAAGAGAUUUGGCACAACAUGAAGAAGCUGGAUGGAGAUGCAGAGAAGAGAUACAAGAUGACUUGUGAUGGAUAUUUAAAACUUUGGCAGCUCAGCAAGCCCCAGCUCUCGGGGUACGAUGCAAUUUUUGUGGAUGAAGCUCAGGAUUGCACUCCAGCGAUCGUGGAUAUUGUGCAAUCCCAAAAAUGUGGGAAGAUGCUGGUGGGAGACCCUCACCAGCAGAUUUACACCUUCAGAGGAGCUGUGAACACCCUGAACUUGGUUCCUCACACCCACGUGUACUACCUGACCCAGAGUUUCCGCUUCGGGCCCGAAAUCGCCUACGUGGGAUCCACAAUCCUGGACGUGUGCAAAGGGAUCCGCAGCAAAACCCUGCUGGGAGGGAAACACGAGGGGGACGUCAGGGGCGGCCGGCUCGGGAAGGUGGCGCUGCUGUCCCGCAGUAACUGGAACGUUUUUGAGGACGCCGUGGAAUUCUCUGGGAGAGACCCCCCGGCCAAAAUCCACAUCAUUGGGGGACUGGGAAGAUUUGGCCUGAGCAGAAUUUAUGACAUUUGGAAGCUCAGCCAACCUGCAGAGGUCAGGAAAAAUUCAAACCUCGAGAUCGAGGAUUCCUUCAUCAGAAAAUGGGAAGAAUCCGAGGGAUUUUUGGGAUUGAAGGAAUACGCUCAGCGCGUGGACGACAGAGACCUGGAAGGGAAAAUUUCCAUCGUGGAGAAAUACAGGGAGAGGAUCCCAGAGCUGGUGGAGAGGAUCCAGGGAAGCCACGUGGCCCAGGAAUCCCUGGCAGAUUUUCUCAUCGGGACCGUGCACCAAGCCAAGGGCCUGGAAUUCGACACCGUUUGUGUCGCGGAUGAUUUUGUGCAAAUCCCUUCAGUCAGUGGGGAAUUCCUGAGGAGGAUGAACGUGGCUCUUGGCAGGACCCCUGAGGAUGAGUGGAACCUGCUCUACGUGGCCGUGACCAGAGCCAAGAAGUGCCUGCUCAUGUCCAAAUCCCUGGAAAACCUCCUGACUCUGGCUGGAGAGCGUUUCCUGCGGGUGGAGCUGCUGAGUGAGGCUGGGAAGGACAAGGAUGGAGCUCCUGUCACUUGUUGUGUGUCAGGAUGUACAGAAUCCCUGGAAUUCAGCUCGGGGCUGGUGGUGAAGAAGCUCCCGUUGACUCGCAGCGAUGGCAGCCGGGAUCCAGGGGGAUUCCUUUGCCAAGCUUGCACCCAGCAGUUCUUUGGCUCCCUGACUCCACUCACCUCUUUCCCAGCAACCAAGGAGGAGCACAUCCAGCUCUAACAAAGCCCUCCAGCUUCCCAGAGCCAUCCUGUAUGUGGGACAAAUCCUGUUGGCACAUCCCAGCUCCAAAAUCAGGCAGAUGUUGGCGCAGGAUUUCAGCCCAGCUCCAAAUUCCAGGUGGAUGUGGGAGCAGAUUUCAGCCCAGCUCCAAAUUCCAGGUGGAUGUGGGAGCAGAUUUCAGCC